AUGCGGAUUUUACACAUUGACGGGUUUUCCGAAAGAGAGAAGCGUGAAAAAAUUGAGGCAAUCAGAAAAAAUCUACGGGAUGCGAUAUGCUCAAUCGCCGGUGCAAUGCAUUCAUUAAAACCUCCAGUUGACCUGGAGUGUGCUGAGAAUAUUAAGUAUCGAGACUAUAUGUUAGACCAAGCCUCUAAGGCCGAUUUCGACUACCCUGCGGAAUUCUUCUUAUACUGUGAAAAGUUGUGGAAAGAUAGAGGAAUUCAGGAGACCUUUGAACGGUCGAAUGAGUACCAGUUAAUUGAUUGCGCUAAAUAUUUCCUCGAUAAAACUGCCGUGGUCGGCAUGCCGGACUACAUUCCUUCCGAACAAGAUAUCCUACGUUGCAGAGUCCUUACGUCCGGAAUUUUCGAAACGAAAUUCAGCGUUGACAAAGUUAAUUUUCACAUGUUCGAUGUUGGUGGGCAGAGAGAAGAGCGUCGAAAGUGGAUCCAAUGCUUCAAUGAUGUCACCGCCAUAAUAUUCGUCGCCGCUUGUUCCUCCUAUAAUAUGGUUUUACGUGAAGAUCCCAGCCAGAAUCGCGUAAAGGAAUCCUUAGAAUUAUUAGGGUCCAUCUGGAACAACCGAUGGCUUCGCAAUAUAUCUGUCAUUCUUUUUCUGAACAAACAAGAUUUACUCACCGAAAAAGUGUUGGCUGGCAAAUCCAAGAUUGAAGUUUAUUUCCCACACUAUGCAACGUAUCAGGCCCCAGCUGACAACCUGGCGGAAUAUCAUCACGAAAAUCCUGAAGUCGUCCGUGCUCGCUUUUUCUUUCGGGACGAAUUUCUCCGAGUCACCUCGAAUAACAACGGUGGUCGACAUUACUGCUAUCCGCAUCUCACUUGCGCCGUGGACACCGAAAACAUUCGUCGCGUGUUUAACGAUUGCCGAGAUAUUAUUCAGCGAAUGCACCUGCGACAGUAUGAACUACUAUGACUCUGGAAACCUGUUUUCAAACCCUUCCUAUUUCGUUCGGCUGGGUGCACGUCAGAAAUCAUCUAUGCUCCUCUCUCCUUGCCUCUCCCCUCGUGCACUUCCAUUCGAUGGCCAUUAAACAGCUUACUUUUUUACCGCCCCCUCAAUGUGCCUCCAUUCGAGAGGGAUAGGUCACCGAAUCCUCAUCUCUUCCACGCACUCUGGAUAUUUCAGCAGUAUACGCCCAGCGUCAAAGUUG